AAUUGAAGAUGGUAGAAGGCACAAAUAUUCACAAGCACUUAUCUGAUUUCAACAUGAUGGUGACACAAGUAGUGAAUGCCGGGGACAUUCUAGAAGAAGAGGAGAAGGCUUUGCUUUUGCUUGCAUCCUUGCCAAAGUCUUACAAGUCCCUACUGCAAAGUAUGCUAGUGGGUAAGACUACUUUGGUGAUGAAAGAUGUCAUAUCCAUGUUGUUGGAGAAUGAUAAGUUUCUUGGGGAGGAUGAUGGUGCCAAUCAAACUAAUGCUUUGGUGAUGGAGCACUCUUGGGGAAGAUCUAAUGGACGUGGAGGUGGAGGAAAUCGAGAAAGGUCAAAAUCCAAACCUAAGAAGGAUUAUGGUGAAGUGCAGUGUUUUUAUUGUGGUGAGUUAAGUCACAAACAGUAUAAAUGCCUAAAGUUUAAGGAGGACUUUUCUAAUAUGAAAAUAUUGAUGAAAAGUCAAGAAACCAAGGGCAAGGGGGAGGCUAAUAUUGUUGAAAAAAAUGUGGUUGAAGUAUUAGCUUGUGAAGAGUGUGAUCCUGAGUUGGAGCAAAACAACCAAAGGUGGAUUUUGGAUUUCGCUACAACCACGCAUGUGUGCAAUAAUCCUUCAGAAUUUGUGAGUUUGGUUCGGGGGGAGCUUGGCAAAAUAAUGGUGGCUACCAGCGAGAAGGUGAAUAUUGAAGGCAUAGGAGAUGUUUGUCUCAAUGUUCACAAUGAAAGAGCUAAGAUUCUCAAGAAUAUGAGAUAUGUGCCCAAGUGUUCAAGCAAUAUUAUUGCUUUUAGUGAGUUGACAACACGAGGGUGCAAGUACGUCAGAAAGCAAGAAUGGUGCAAGGUCUACAAAGGUGGAAGACUUGUAUUGCGUGGGAGGAAGAACAAGCACAACAUCUAUGUGCUUGAGCAACAUCCUAAGAGAAGGCUCAACAAGACCAUGAGGAAGAUGGUGUGGAAGCCUAAAGGGAUCUUGGCAGAUGGCAAGGAAAUUAAUAAGACCAAGAAGGUGAGCUUCAACAAUGAAGUGGUGUUUGAUGAUGGUUCGAGGAGGUGUGAUUUUCUCUCAGAACUUAUCUUGGUUCAAAAUUAAUUUCUGUAGUGCACCUAGUGUAGGUUUGUC